AUGAGAUUGAAGCAAUUCGUGUUCACCUCAACUGCAACGUUGGCCUUUAUCACCUUCGCGUUGGUUGCACGGCAGGCGCAAAUCAGAAAUGCACUUGACAGGACUGGACUCGGUCUACUUGAGAAGUUUCGGGGCACAGCUCCACUAUGGGAUACACAACUCGAAGAAAACAGCAUUGUCGUUGAGCAUACCGCGGCAUCAGAUCAGAUCGUGCCACACAGGAUUGGCAUGGUCUCCAUGCUAAUUGGCGACACAAACCCAACUUAUGAACGAGCGCUUCGGACUCAUUUACGGCAUGGCGAAAUUCAGGGUUACGAGACCUUUGUGAUGAGGAGCAAUGUGUUGGAUAUGAUGUACAACAAGCCAAUGUUCAUUCUCAACAUUUUGAUGGACGAAAUGAAGAAACCAUUUCACGAGAGAAUGGAGUGGCUAUUCUGGUUCGAUUGCGACAGUGUUCUCAUGAAUCCGAAACUUAGCCUGUCGCACUUCCUACCUCCUGCAGAGUUUAGUGAUGCGAAUGCGCUUGUCACCAAUGACGCGAAUGGCCUGAACAAUGGUGUUUUCUUCAUACGAGUCAGCGCUUGGGCAAUUGAGGUGAUGUCGGCGAAUGUAGCCUAUCGAACGUUCAAUCCCGACGAACAAUUAACUUUCCAGGACCAAAGUGCUCUAGACAACAUCUUCCAUAUGGAAAAAUUUCGGGAUCAAGUGGUCUACUGUCCACAGCGCUGGUUCAAUGCAUACCAAUCUGGUUUUCUGAACGAAUCAAUCGAGGCGAAUCAGAUUAGGCGGGGGGACCUCGUCGUGCACUUCGCUGGUGUUGGCAACAAGCUCGAACGGAUAAAUUGCUGGUGUGACAUCGCGGAGAAACAUUUACCUGAUUGGGAAGUUGAAAUCGUUCAUACUUCCCUGUUGGAGGAGAUUGAUGAAUUUUGGAGCCAAAAGAAGAGCAAUGACGCGAUAGAGACACAGGAGUUGCGCAAUGCUCGCUUGAGUGGAACCGAGCUUGUCGACGAAAUCGAACGAAAUAUGACGCUAUACCGGGAGUCCUUGACAAAUGAAGAGCAAGUCAGGAUUCAAGAUACCGUGCAAAAAGUGCGAGAGCAAGUCAAGAAGCAGAACAAGGAAUUGAUAUGGGGAGCCAUUCAGGAUUUGAAAGAGGCAGGGAGGAGGUUGGAGGAUUUGGAAAAACAGACAAGGAAGCAGACCAUCAAGGAGGCUCAUGCUACGAUAAUUACGGCAGAGAGGAUGGGAAUCAACGCGGAACAAUUGCGGGAAAUGCUGUUAGAGGCCAAUAAUUGGGACAGCAUUCAGGCUGUGACGAAAGACUUGAAGGCCAAAGUAGAAAUGGAAGCAGUGAAAGCACAAGUCAAAGCUGAUAUCCAGCAAGACAUCAGUCAGGCACUCAACCAGACAGCAAAUCAAAUCAACGAGUCGACGAGCACGCUGAGCACAGAAUCCUCAAGUCAGACGACGAGCGAGACGACGUCGUCGACAAUGCCAUUCGUGGAAAUGGUGGUGGUAACAGCAAGGGCGCUUAAGACCUAG